CCCAACCUAGGCUUAAGUACUAUUAUUAUCCGUCAAGGCUAGCUGGCUGGUCCCCACAGAAACAAACGACGAAAGGAAACAAGGACAACGGCGAUCAAAUCAGAUAAAAACAAUGAAGAAGCCCUGGGGCGCCUCAUCCCUACUACUGGCAGGGCUGGCCGUCGGCGUGCUUGGGGGCGAGGUGAUCAAGGAGAUCCGGCGGGACUUGCAGACGACGAUAUUCGUACGACAGCAGUCGUCGGCGAACUUCCAGCAGUUCAACGGGUCACUGGGUGACCAAGAUGCAGCGCAGAUUGUGCUGAACGACGGCAGCGACAGCGACAAAAGGCCGUUUAAAUCCGUAGGCGGACGACAUGACCAAGAGACCUACUCCAGCUUCAAUGACGCCGUGAACAAAGUCUGCUCCGACCAACACAACGACUGCGCCGACCUCUCCAACAAGGGCGGCGCCGACUUCAAGGUCGGGGACUGUGACAAGCAGCAGGAGCAAUGCCAGUCCGCCAACACACCCACGGAUCAGAAUGACCAAUUUCUGUACUUUUGCGACGACAACUAAGAAAGAGCUGCCAUCUACCUCCCUACCAUUUCCAUUUAUGUAUACCGAAACACUUUCUUUUCUUCUUCUUUUCUUUUUUUUUUUUUUUUAGGUUCGGCGUUGCCAACACCUCCCUUUUACCGUGGCGCUGGGGGUUAAGGGGUUAAGCGGCUGGGGAGG